AAAGCAAGGGUACUAUUUAACUGUUGAAUACUUUUUCCCAAACAGAUCUCACAAUAGACUGCCGCUUAAUUAGUCCUCGCCAUGGCGACGGUUGUGAUGGAGCAGAUUGGGCGGCUGUUCAUCAACGCACAGCAGCUUCGCCAAAUCCCCCGUUUCCUGGAGUCAGCCUUUCCUAAACUGCCUUGUACUGUGAUGGUGAGCGAUGUGCCGUGGGUUUUCCGUGAGUCGCAUGUAUUCACGGGCUACAGGCCGCCUGACCAGAACUGGCGCUACUACUUCCUCACUAUGUUCCAGAGGCAUAAUGAGUCUGUAAAUGUGUGGACACACCUGCUGGCCUCCCUCAUUAUCUUAGUCAAAUUUCAGGAGCUGUCAGAAACCGUGGACUUCCUGCGAGACCCGCACGCCCAGCCACUAUUCAUCCUGCUCCUUGCUGCCUUCACCUACCUGGGCUGCAGCGCGCUUGCCCACCUGCUCUCGGCCAAGUCUGAGCUCUCCCACUACACGUUUUAUUUUUUGGACUACGUUGGCGUAGCCGUAUACCAGUAUGGCAGUGCCCUGGCCCACUUCUAUUACGUCAUCGAACAAGAAUGGCACACUCAAGUGCGAAGUUUUUUCUUGCCAGCCGCGGCCUUCCUGGCCUGGCUGUCCUGUACGGGCUGCUGCUAUGGCAAGUACGCCAGCCCAAGCUUGCCCAAAUUCAUUCACAAGCUAUUCCAAGUGGUUCCC